AUGGACGAACCACUGUACUGUGAUGUAUCAUCAGGUACAGUUCGCCCAUACGUUCCUGCUCCGCUGAGACAACAGGUCUGCAGCUCACUGCACUCAAUGGCUCAUCCUGGACCCAAAGGCACGCGAAAACUCGUGACACAACGCUACGUGUGGCCUGGCAUAAACAAAGACUGUGCACAAUGGACCAAACACUGCAUGAAGCCAGAAAAACAAGAUAACGCGACACACGGACACAGCUGGUGCUUGACCAUCGUCGANUCCACCAUAGAUUUGGUUAAAGCCUUCAACCAAAUUCCAGUGGCACGCGAAGACAUCCAGAAAACGGCAAUAAUCACGCCAUUUGGACUCUUCGAAUUCCCAUACAUGACAUUUGGCCUCAGAAACGCAGCUCAAACAUUCCAACGUCUGAUCAACGAGUUCACACGCGAUCUACCAUUUUUGUUCCCGUACAUAGACGACAUCUUGGUANGAUACCCAGAAGCAGUUCCACUGGUCGACUCGAGGAAGCCAACAGUAGUCAACGCGAUCGUUUAUCACUGGAUCGCGCGCUUCGGCAUACCCCUGAAAACUACAUCUGAUCAGAGCGGUCAAUUCUUCUCAGACACCUUCAAGGAGCUUACGCGAAUUAUGGGCACCGAGAGGUUGACGACGAUGCCAUUUCAUCCUCAAUCAAACGGCAUGGUUGAGAGAAUACAUCGCCAACUGAAAGCAGCACUGCGAUGUCAUGGCGAAGCUUGGUACGACGCACUUCCCCUGGUAGUUCUAGGGUUGAGAUCCGCAUGGAAAGAGGACCUUCAAACGACUCCCGCCGAGCUAACAUACGAGGAACCGAUCCGUCUAUCCGGAGAAUUCCUCAUCCCAUCGAACCAACAAGCAGCAGGACCGGAAUUGGUGAGAAAUCUACGCGAGCAUUUCCGCAGGAUCGCACCGANUAGAAAACGCGGAGCAACAUCGCAAGCACCUGAGGAUCCUCUUCCAAUGACUCCAGGACUACGCGCUGAUAAUCAACGUCGCCAAAUCAGUCCUCGGACAGCCAGAGGAUCGAGUCAACGCGAUCCUAGAGUUCACAAGGUCAACAACGGUCAAAUCGCUACGCAGAUACCUCGAAACUCUAAAUUUCUACCGGAAGUUCAUCAAGNGCGUUCAACCUUCAUCUUCAAGGAUCUAGCAACGUGUACACAUGUUUUUGGCCGCGAUGACCACGUGCGAAAGGCAUACCGAUCACCAUAUAUCGGCCCAUGCCGCGUAAUGAGUCGUCAUGACAAAUACUUCGUCAUUUGGUACAAGUCCGGAGGAUUGGGUAACUACAAGAAUACACCGAUCUCCAUCGACCAACUGAAACCAGCGUACGUACUGCCAGAGGACAUGGACCAGGUCCAAGGACAGCCUCCACCGCCAGACGCACCAGAAGAGCCUCAACAACAACAGAAUCCGCCGCAGCCGAGCCCGAGCACGGCGGACAACACUCAGAGGCCGGGGAGACGCGUAAACUUCGCGAACAGACCGACAAUCCACGUCUAUACUGUCUAA